UCACUCUCUUUCUCCAUCGCCGUCUCACUCUUCCUCCCACGCGUACCCUUGUCUGCCCUAAUUCUCUUGACCGUUCGUUCUUUCCUCUUCUCUCUCCUCUUGCGUCUCCUCAGGGCUCUGGUGGACAUCCUGCGGCAUCAGUCCAGUCCCGUCCAGCAGGGGGAGCGGAACAACAGCACCGUCCUCACCACGGCCACCAGCGGCGAGGGCAAGCUCGGACGCCCGCCCAAGAAGCUCUACACACCUGUGCUGCCCAGCAAGGACAACCGCCAGCGCGCUCCCCGUAUGAACAACGUCCAGCUGGCGCCGACGAGCACGCUGAUGUCCAGCAAGCACGGCAGCAUGGGCCGGCCACCCUCCUCGCUCUCGCACUCCUUCCACAACCUGGCCCAGCUGCCCCCGUCCUACGACGUGGCCAUGAGGCCGGACAUCAGUCGCUACUGCUCCCUCAAGAGACUGGAGAAAGACCUGGAAGACUACUCCAGCUACAGUACCUCUAAACGGCGGCCCAACAACAUGCCCCCAUCCUUCCAUUCCUCUCAGCACCAUCUACCCUGGGGGGGCGACUUCACGCUCGGAGCCCGGGGCACUCUCCCCCUGCACUCCUCCCGCUCUCGCAUCCACCUGCCGGCCACUCCCAACCCGUACCCUCUGCCCCCCUCCCAGUCGGCGUACCACCCUGGUAUGGAGCCUCUGUCCCACCCCCCGCGCCGGGUCAUGUCCCAGGACCAGCUGCUGGCGCUGGGGGAGGGCAACACGCUCUCCCGCCUGUCCAAGAACCAGCAGCACCCGUACUACAAAGCCAUGACCACCAGCAAGAGCUCCACCGGCGGCACGCUGCGCCGCUCUCACGAGCGCCUCCUGGUGUCGCCCGACCGGCUGGACGAGCGGAUCAGGAUGCCGGCGGAUUUCGGCGGAUAUCCGCCGACCCUGCCGCGCCUCACCAGCCACCAGAAGGCCCAGUCGCAGCAGAACGUGUGCGUCACGCCGUCCAUGGACCGCCACCACAUGAUCAAGAUGAACUCCCACCCGUCGUCCGGCCGCGACAUGGAGCGCAGCCACCCCACGGGGGGCACCAUGGGCUGGGCCGAGAGCGGACACAGCUCUAGCGGAAGCGGAGGAGGAGGAGGGACUUUAGGCCACAACGCCAGACGGAUGGCCUUCGCCACCAAGCGCCAGAACACCAUCGAACAGCUCCACUACAUCCCCGUGGCGGGUGGCGGUGGCGGGGGAAAUGCAGGCCAGUCACUCCGAACAGGGAGUAAAAAUGAAGUCACCGUGUGA